AUGGUUGGAGGUGACAUGGCUUACAUUGGAGAAAAAGGAAUCAACUUGUCAGGUGGACAGAGAGCUAGAAUUGCUUUGGCAAGGGCCAUGUAUAAUGGCUCCGAUAUGUUUAUUCUUGAUGAUGUCCUAAGUGCAGUUGAUGCACAAGUUGCUCGGUGUAUUUUGUAUAACGCCAUUUUGGGUCCGCUUAUGAAACAACAGACUCGUGUACUUUGUACCCACAAUGUUCAGGCAAUAUCUUCAGCCGAUACAAUUGUUGUUAUGGACAAAGGACAUGUCAAGUGGGUAGGAAGAUCGGCUGAUUGCCCUGUUUCUUCGUAUUCAACAUUCUCUCCACUGAAUAAAUUGAUAUAUGUUUAA